CAUAAGUUGUCUGUUCUCUCUCUCUUUCUCUCUCUCUCCGCCCUCUCAUCCUCGUGGUCCUCCGUGGCGAGCACGCGCGCGCGCGUCGACGCGUUAACGGGAGUGCGCGCUGUCACCGUCGAGAAACGUCAUUUCGCGGAUCUUGCGGCGGUCGACCACGAUCGGCGUACUCGAUCGUUCGCGAGCGCGCGCGCGCGCGCGCUUUACUCUUCCCGAAUCAUCCUGCCGCUGCUGCUGGAACGCUUUCCUCUUGUCGCGUCGCGCGAAACGUUCGAAUAUCUUGUCGCGAGUGUCGGCGAAAUCGACGCGAAGGAGCAGCCCGGGUCGACGAUGCUAAUCUCCCGGAGAGACGCUUUUCACCCGACGCAGGAAUUCAAUUGUCGAGCAUCCGCGAGCGUGAACGCACGGCGAAGAAGCGCGCGCGAGUGAUCGGACUUGCCCGAUGUAUCCUCCGCUUGAAAAAGAAGGCGCUAUCGCGACAACUCGAAGAGCAUCGUCGUCAGUGGCUCGUGUUUCAACUUGGAAAUCGGAGUCGAAUGCUUCUUUCCGCUUCUCGCGCUAGUGGCACGGGACAGCAGCGGCGCGUUGGCGGCGUCGGCGACGACGGCAACGACGACGACGUCGCCGUUCGGACUACCACUGCUCGUCCUCCGAAGUAAGCGGUUGGAGGACUGGAAGCGAAUGGGACGCGAUGCUCGCGGCGACACUGCUCGACGCCGAGCCUGCAGGACACUCGGUAGCCUGGUGCGGGAUUACGGUGUUUCGCGCGGGACGUCUACGCGACUGUCGCCAAGUGUCGUCGGAUAUCGCGAAUCAAAGUGACACGUUCCGUCCUUUAGCACGGACCUCUUAGCCGAAGAGAGGGUGGAAUCUUAAAGGGAAGAAUUUCGUCGUCAGGGCUCAUUGAGAGAGUGUGAGACGAGAGAAGCCAUCGCGAAAAUCAACACUCGGACCCACACGGAUCGAUUCUUCGCCGCGCCUCCGCGGAAGAUGGUAGUAGACGCUCCGCGUCGUCGUCGUCGUCAUCAUCAUCAUCAUCAUCAUCAUCAUCAUCAUCAUCAUCAUCAUUAUCAUCAUCGUCGUCAUCUUCCACCUGGUCUUCGACCUAGCUGAAGAAAAGAGAGAAUUUGGAGGAGAAGGAGGGCGCCGUUCCUCCUCGCCGUCGGCCGCCGGGUGGGUGUCACACGCGGUGCGCGGCGCCGUGUCGCGUGGAUUGGAUGGUGCCGCGAGGAUUAACCCUCGGCAGGACGACGACACGGGAGCCGGAGCCGGAGCCGGAGCCGGAGCAGCUACGCUUUUACGAUUCUCCGCCGCCGCUACGGAUGGACGCGAGUGUGUGCUGUCUGCCCGCCGGUGCCGCGGCCACCACGGGGGUCACUCAGCACCCUCAUCCGGCGUCUCUGCCCGGUUUACCGUCCGCCGUCGGCGUCCAGCCGCCGACGAUCCAGCCGUCUUACGCCACCGCCCAGUACGCCGCCGAUCAGAUUGUGCCCGAUCGGGCCCAGCCCGACGGGCCCCUCGCCACCGUGCUCGGAUGCAACGCGCAGGACACCUGGCAGCAGAUCUCGUCGACGACGUCCACCGGGAUCACCGGAGCCGCCGUCACCGCCACCACCACCGCCUACAUCGACUACUCGUGGCUGCAGAUGCAGCAGACGUCGGACCUGGACACUUUGCUGUGCAGACAGGAUCUCGAUCGUCUACAGAGGCUAGACGAGGAUGAGACGGACGCGAGAGACGCGCGGGAAUCGUCCGUGCACAUGGAGGACUUCUUCGAGGUCGGUGGGCCUACGGCAGUGUGCCGACCACCGCAGGCCAGUUUCGUUUCCAGGAGUCAGUCGACGGGCGGGGGGCAGGACGACGACGUCUUUCUCAGACCGCCGCUCUGGGAGGAUAUCACGUCGAGUAUCCAGAAGCUGGAUCCGGAGAACGCGGACAUGCUGGGCUCCCAGUCUCACGUAAAGAUGGAGACUGACGACGUGACCCCGCCGCCGGUUCUCUCCCCCGUGGAGAUCAAGACGGAACCGUUACCGCCACCGCCGACCUUGCAUCUCCUCGAGGGCCCGACCGCGAACCCCUCGCAGAAUCCCUUUCCGAAUCCCUCGAGUGUUCAGCACGUCGUCCAUCAUCGAACGACGACGACGACAACGGCGCCGACGGCGGCGCUCUUCAAGAGCUUUCCCAAUGGCAACAAUAACAAUAACAACAAUAACAAUAACAGCGGGACUGUUAAUAGUAAUAGCGCGAGCGGGAAUAACGCCGGGAGUAAUAACGGUAGCGGCAACGGCGGUAACAACAGCAACAACAGCAGCAACAACAGCAACAACAACAACGGCGGUGGUAGCGGUAGUGAUUCGUCGACGACCAGUCAUCAUCAGCCGAGCGGCAACGCGACAUCGCCGCUCUACAGCUCCAUGACGAGGCUGAUGUAUAUUUCGCCGCUGACGCCACCGAUCUCCGAUCCCGGCUCGCCCAUCGGCGCCGGUCCACCCAGGCGGACACCGCCACCCCCGUACCCCCAGCCGGGUCCGAUCCUGAAUCCGGCCCACAGGAUCCAACCGCCGUCGAUGUCGAACAAGUUCAACAGGCGGAAUAAUCCGGAGUUGGAGAAGCGCCGGGUGCAUCACUGCGAUUUCAUAGGUUGUGCGAAAGUCUACACGAAGAGCUCGCACUUGAAGGCUCAUCAGCGGAUACACACGGGCGAGAAACCGUAUCAGUGUCAAUGGCCGGAAUGCGAGUGGCGAUUCGCCAGGAGCGACGAAUUGACGCGGCAUUACCGCAAGCACACCGGAGCUAAGCCCUUUAAAUGCGGGGUCUGCGAGCGCUCCUUCGCCAGGAGUGAUCAUCUCGCGCUGCACAUGAAGCGGCACCUCCCGAAGCAGCACACCAAGUGAAGAGAGCGGCAGAGAGAGAGUAUGGACUAGAGAAAAGAGAGAGAUCUUCUCUUUGCUUCCCGUUCGUUCUCGACUACCUGUGUUGGACGCGCGCUGCGUGCUUUUCGCCAUUCAGGCUUCGAGGCGCGGAUCUCUUCGAAAUUGUUAAGCUGGAGAACAUUGAGAGAGUUCAGAAACGUGUAGGAAUUAUCGAAGAAAAAAAAAAAAAACAAAGAGUGAAAACUAUUUCUCAGAUAUUAUCUAUCUAUCUAAAUGGAGCGAUAUCUAUGACACACUUCGCGUUGCGAGUAUUGCAUGUAACGUGUUUAUGGCAGAUUUCGGAAAGUGCGAGUUUAGCGGCUUUUUUUUUUUUUUUUUUUUUUUCAAAUUGACUUUCGAUUCGCGAACGAAAGCGAACCUCGACUCACGUACAUACGACGAUUUACGCAAUUGUCGAUGCGUAAUCGAAUUGGCUGCAUCGUGUCCCCGAUAUACGAUUCCGCUAUGGAUAUAAUUCGGAGUCGGCUCCAGGCCCGAUCGUCGGUCCCGAUUCGCAAUGUAUAUGUAGGUAUCGGAGCGGAGCGGAGCGUCGAUCGAGAGCUCGCUCGCUCGCUCGCUCGGAGCCGUUUCGAUCGCUUCGGUUACGCUCACUACCGUUCGGUUAAGCGCUCGUGACGAAAUACAUCCUCGGUGUGGGUGGUGAUCGCGAGGAAAUAUUUCGUCAUCAGCGCUGUACACACACUCACGGACGAGUCCGAGUGAGGGAUAAUACAAUCCCCGUUCCUCGGUAACUAUAGCGUAACUUCACGCCGACGGAUGGACCCGAUCGAGCCCGUCGACUCGUGCGAAGAGAAGCGAAGCCAAGUGCUCUUGGAAAGUAAAAGCGAAACCGUCCGUCUUAAAAGGCAACUUCCAUAUCGAUAAUCCUCCUUUAUACACAUUCACUUUGAAACGUUUAUCUCGAAUCCGACCAACCCGACGCUACGGUUUUGUCGAAAUAUUUCCAUUCGCGGACGAUAAGACUAUUUUUUUUUUUUUUUUUUGCAAAAGUUGAAAUUACAAAAGUUUCAAUUUGAAGCGCACAUUCGGAAGUUCCGCCAUCGUCAUUCGUGUGCGUGUAUGUGUGUGUAUAUAUGUUUUUUUUUUUAAUAUUUUUCGAAGCUGUAUACGAGCCGUCAUCUCGCGUCGCUGUCGAGUCCCUCGCGAAAUGAUUUGCCAGAUUAAGGCAAGCGCUAUCUCGAAAUUAUCGCUAUCUCGAAGCUGGCUGCGACUCGAGAUAUCCUGUUUGGCGUGUAAACGAUCGUCCGCACGGUCGAGCUUAAGUCGAAGAAGCUUAAUCCGCGUCUCGCGCCGCGCGCAUCAUUUCGAUAGUCGUCGCUAGCGCGAAAUUCGCCGCGAUAUUUACCGAACCACGUCGAUAGCAGAAACAGAUAGAUAGAAGAGCGAGUAUCACGCUUCGCCGUUAUCACGUUCGUAUGUGAGAAACGACACGAUAUCGUGAUGCCUUAUGUACAAAUUCGCGUAGUCUUGAAGAGAUAAGGUGUCUUAUGGCGCUCGAUGUGCGCGUGCACGUGCGUAUGUGUGUGCGUGCGUGCGUGUGUGUGUGCGUGUGUGUGCGUGUGUAUGCGGGCGAAUGCUGAGUCCGUGUGCUAUAUGCGAAUGUGUAUUUAUAUGCGUAUUCUACACGCGCGGUAGUCUAUGUAUGCGCUUGUGUAUACGUGUAAAAAAAAAGCAGAAGAAAAAGCAGAAGAUACGCAUCUGAUAGCCAUGUAGCUGGUGUAAUAUUAUCUGUAUAUUACGCGAAGCGAUGGGCCGGGAAUAAUUCGUUCUCACGCGUGCUCCGAUCGAUUCGAUCCGAUCCAUCGCUCGUCGUUCACCGUGCUUCGCGCGAAAGGCGUACAACUCUUCGCGUAUACGUUGUACGUCUAAAUCGCGCGCGAAAAACGCAGCAGACGCGAAAUUUGUAGCGAUAAUCAGGGACGGACUCGUGUCGAGGAGAGAAUGAAUUUUCUUCGAGUCUCGAUCUCUUAAAUCGCAAAAUAAUCUUCGGCUAAUGAUAUUUGCCACCGCCUCCAAUUACGCGUCCCUUUAAUAAUCCCUGCUUGGCGAGCGCCCAAAGACUUAUCUUGAAAUCUAAGGCCCGUCAAAGAACCUUCGAUGUAAUUUUCUUUCGCGCAAUGUUAACCAAUUUUUAAAAAUUACAAGUACGAGAAGAUGUGUCCUCUUUUUAACGUGUAUGUCACCGCUAGCAAAUCAAAUUGUUCAGCUUCAGGCCUCGAAGAGUCAUCGUCCGUCCCUGGCGCACGGAGAAAGAGAGGCGUCGGCGAAAAGCGAUUUCGCGUAUCUGGACGUUCCGUUACGUGCCGAUACAUACGAGCAUGUCCCACCUCGGGAGCGCGCGCGGGAGGCCAAAAAUUCUAAUUCCGUAGUCACCGCUUUGUAUACAACGCGCGAUCGUUGUAUAAUAAUAACCGAUCAAUCGGAUCGUUAUGUAGUUACGUAGUUACGGAAACGUUCGACGGAAAACGAAGUAAUGCCGUCUAUUUAUAUCUGUCUGUCCGCCUGCCUAUCUCGUCACCGCAUUCUUCCAAAUUGACUCCAAGUCGUUGUCGUAUUCGUCGUUGUUUAGUGUAUUCCUCUUCAACUCGCUCGUACCCCAUUCCCGUGUCGCGGACCUCCUUUCGUCUUCCCACCCAUCCCUGGUGAAAAUCUUUCUCAAAAUUCUUUACACACAUAAUUUUCAGAAUUAUAAUUUGAUAACUUUGUAGCAAGAGAGAGUUUUUAAAAUCUUUUAUACCUUUCAGAAAGUUAUUUUUUCUCAGAAUUUUUCACGCAUGUUCAUAAAAUCGAGAAUAAAUUUAAGACAUUUUUUCCAGAAAUUUUCACAAAUUUAAAAUAUGAAAAAUUCUUAAAAAUAUAAGCUAAUGUGAAAAUUUGUUUCACCAGAGAUAUCUCGUUUUCUUUCUUCUUUCCUUCCUUCCGUCUCUUCCCCUCGCGUUUCCUUCGUCUUUCUCUCGUUGGAUAGCGACUGUCCCGCUUGUCCGCCCGUUGGAUCGACUUUACGAUUAACUCUUAUAUAUAAAUGUGAAAUAUACCUCAUUUGCAGAUACGCAGCAAUAGAGUCGACGAGCGUGCUGCGAAGCGCGCUAAUAAAAUUUGUACGCACCUCCUACUCUCGACUUCUUACGGUCUGUCUAUAAUGUUUACGCUGUAAUUUGUGUGUUGUGUAAUUUAAAUAUAUGCGAAAUGGUAUAUCUCUGUAAGCA